AUGCCCAAAUCGAAACGACCGCCCACCUCUGGCUAUGCUCGAAUUGCGCAGGCCGAGGAGGAGGAAGACUACAGCGACUCCGAGGAUGGACACAACCAGCACUCCCUGUCCACCGCCCAGUAUGCACCCAUACAGCCCCAGCGGAACUCGCACAUGCGCAUACCCAACGGCUCUGCUCCCAAUUCACCAAGUUCACGACACACAUCCUCCGGGCGGCGGCAGCGGAGCAAUUCGGGAGUGGAUAUCAAGGCCAUCAACGCGAGAUUCGAGCGAUGGGCCGAUGAGAUUGCGCAGAAAUUCAAGAUCAAGAAGCAAAAGGACGCCCCCAAUGAUGAGCAGCUUGAAAUACACCACUCCGUCUUCCAGGCGCCGGACGGGGUGCGGCCAGCCACAGCAGAGACGUUGACAUUUGAAUUCGAGGGCGCAUCGGACCGCAUGACGAAGCUCGAGUUUGACGACACGGUGGAGAGCGUCAGGACAGCAAUUGAGCUGGGUGUGCAUCCCAAGCUGAUCACGCAGGGCAGCUCGGGCAGCUACUUUGCACGCAACACGCAGGGCAAGGUGGUUGGUGUGUUCAAGCCCAAGGACGAGGAGCCUGGAUACAUCGCAACCUGUUCCCCUUCUUCUUUGGGCCGCGCCUGCCUCAUCCCCAACUUGAGCUACGUCUCCGAAGCGGCCGCAUACGUCCUCGACACGCAGCUGCGCACAAACCUCGUCCCCUACACUGACGUUGUUGGCCUCUCGUCCAAGUCCUUUCACUACGACUUCUGGGACAGGAGAGCGUACUACCGGAAGAAGAAGCCGUUUCCCGAGAAGCUAGGCAGUUUCCAAGUGUUUCUCAAAGGCUUCAAGGACGCCAAUAUCUUCUUGAAAGAGAACCCGUGGCCGGACCAGCACAAUGGCGGACUGGCAGCGGGCGGCCAGGCGGGUCCACAGUCGGACAACGAUGAUGACGAAGACUACUCAAACGGCACAGGCCAACAGCGGCAGCGAAGAGGCUUCUGGACUGAGGCGCUGCAGCAGUCGUUCAGGGAGCAGCUAGAGCGCCUCGUCAUUCUCGACUACAUCAUGCGCAACACUGAUCGAGGCCUGGACAACUGGAUGAUCAGAAUAGACCAGAAGACGCAGGAGGCAACCAUUGUGGCUGAGCCGCCCAGGACGAACCUCGGCGUGGGCGACCAUGGUGACGAGUCACAGCCAAGCAGCUACACCAGACAAUCCAUGGAGGAGGUCGAUCCUUAUGGCCGAAGAGAACCCAUGACAGCAACGAGUCGCUCGAACACGCCCAUGCAGCAUGCAGCAACGCCCACAGUGACUAUUGGCGCCAUCGACAACAGCCUGUCCUGGCCCUGGAAGCAUCCUGAUGCUGUAAGUCAGCACCUGAUCAUCUACCCUUUCGGCUGGCUCUUCCUACCCGUCUCGCUCAUUGGCCAGCCUUUCUCCGAGGCCACCCGUCGCCACUUCCUCCCUCUCCUCACGUCUAAACAAUGGUGGAGCGAAACGCAGGUCGUGCUCAGGAAAUGCUUCAGCCAAGAUGCCGACUUCAAGGAGCGCAUGUACGCAAAGCAGAUCGCCGUCAUGAAGGGACAGGCUUGGAACGUGGUAGAGACACUCAAGACGCCCGACCAUGGCCCGUUGGAGCUUACAAGGAGGGCGCGUGUGUGCGUCUGGGAUGACAUUGUGGAGAUACCCAUUGCAGUGCCUCUGCGCGCACCCUCAGCAGAGAUGCGGAGGAAACAGCACAUGGGGCGAACACCACGACUAGAAGAGGAGCACGAGGAGAUGGACAUCACAGCGGUAUCUACGCCGCCGCAAAAGCCUCAGACAGACCUUCUCCAUUCACCUCCCUUGGAAUCGGCCGGCAAAAAUCGCUUCAAUCUGUCGCGCGACUCCUCAUCCCUCGACAUCCGACGCCCGGAAGUCGAAGUUCCGACAUCGCCAGCCACCGUGAACGGGGUCUCCUGGAAUUCUCGCAACACGUUGGAACCGAAGAUAGAUAGACCGGCGCAUCGGUCACGCAUGAGUUACGAUGCUCCCAGACAAAAUCCUCCGGAUGCGCGAAAACAUCAACGGAGGUUCUCUCUCACACAGCGGCGGGACUUGGACGAGUAUGGAUUCGACGAUGAUGGAGAUCUUGGAUAUGCUGCCAACGAAGAUAACGAGGGCAACCGGAAAAAGGUCAUUGUUGAGAGAUUAGAAAUGGUCAAGGGAAGGAACCCAGUUUUUACUUGGUGCUGA